AAUAUAGUAUUAUGUAUUUAUUUUAUAUGUGCAAUUUUUACACAAAAAAUUUGUGAGUGUUAUCUUUUUCGGUUUACGCGACCUUGCAACCCCCCUUGCCCCCCUCAAAUUGCUCACUCACCAACCAGCAUCGCAAUACAUCAGCAAUGCCACCACCAUAUCAACAGAUGUCUUCAUUUCAAGGAUUGACUUUUGAAUUAGUCUUUUCCGUAUCGUUAAUCUGUCUUGGUUCCCUCCAAUUCGGGUACCACAUGGCAGAGUUGAAUUCACCAGAAUUAGUGUUAUCAUGUCGGAGAUCAGUUCCAGGAGACAUCCCCUUUGCCGACUCUUGGUUCGGAACUCAUGGAUUUGUCCAAUGUAUCCCCAUGUCACCUAGUCAAAUCGGAUUGGCCACUUCAAUCUUCACCAUUGGCGGAUUAUUUGGUUCGUUUUACGUGGGUCAUUUAGCGGACAAGUUUGGCCGGAAAAACACCAGUCUCUUGCACUGUUUUAUAUACUUUAUUGGCUCGUUCAUAAACGGAAUGAGUAAUUCGUUUGCCUGGUUGUUGAUUGGAAGAUUCAUUGUCGGGUUGGCUGCAGGUUCAGCAUUGGUAAUUACGUCAUUGUACAUAAAUGAAGUUGCACCUGUGAAUGCAAAAGGGUUAUUAGGCUCCAUGAAUCAAGUAAGUAUCAAUUGUGGGAUCUUGUUUACCCAGUUGCUUUCAUUAAAAUGGGCCAAUGAUAACCAGUGGAGAUACUUGUUGUUUAUGGCUUCCGCCUUGGGGUUUGUCAAUUUGGUAUUACUUUAUGUUUAUGGAUUAGAAUCCCCUGUUUGGUUAGCUAACAAUGGCAGGUCCACAGAAGCUUUUACCGUUUUGCAUAGAAUAAGAGGUGGAAGUUAUUCAGUCGCCACCGAUGAAGUGAAUAGUUGGAAGAACAACCAUAGAGGAAAUAUUACUGAAACUGAUUCCGGCUUGGAAAAUGGACCAGGAAACAUGGCAAUUGACGAUAGUACCAAGAGAAUAGUCACUGUCAAGGAAUAUGUCACUUCACCUGAAUUCAAAAACUCAAGAACUGUGGCAACUGGGAUUUUGGUUUUGCAGCAAUUUGACGGGAUUAAUUCAAUUAUCUUCUACGGAGUGUCUGUGUUGGUGUCAAUUUUUCCUAAUCAUGCCAUUGUAAUCAAUUGCCUUAUUUCCUUGGUCAAUGUGGUUAUCACAUUUGCCUCGGCUACCGUUGUUGACAGGUUGGGCCGUAAGCCUUUGCUCUUAACAUCGGUGUCAUUUUUAUUCAUCCUGACAAUAUUAAUGGGUAUAGGUAUAAUGUCCACCAAUUCGGUAUUAUCCAUAGUAGGUACAUUCACCUACAUCACCUUCUUUGCAAUUGGACUCGGUCCUAUUCCAUUCCUUUUGGUGGGAGAAGUUACACAACCAAUUGCAAAAGCUAGUGCUCAAAGUUGGGGAACAUCCAUGAAUUGGGUAGCCACAUUCAUUGUUGGUUAUUCAUUCCCGGUGUUGAUCCACAAGUUUGGUGGAUCCAUUUAUUUCUUGUUUUCAUUCAUGUGUUUGGUUAGUUUCUGGUUUAUUAAACAAUAUAUUCCUGAAACUAAAGGUAAAGAUUCCUAUGAACAAGUUUGGGGUGGAUUUAUUGGUAGCACUAAUGGCUACAGUAGUCACGUGGAAACAGAGCAUUAUUAGGGCUAAGCCCUAGAAAAGUGAAAUUUGGAAGAAUUUUAUUUUAUUUUUCGCGCACUACUUGUGUAAAGUAAGUGCUUUUUUUAAGUAUAGGGAACAUUUUGUUUUUUUUACAUAGUUAAUAAAUUAAUCCUGCAUACUGUGAGGGAAAAUAUUC